UACGACUUCCCGAGAAAAUACACACACAGAUCAAUCACGAUCUUGUACGUACUCGACCAUGACAAUCAAGGUAGAACAAGAUACGCUCUUGCAAGUACUGCAAAAUCACCACCAACACCAAUCAUUCGAACCGGUAGGACCUCAAGAAGACUACCUGGUGAUUGACUUCUGCAAGCCGAUAGGAUCCGACGACUUCUGCGUAGAAAAGCUGCGGAGCCCUACGGACGAUGAAGACGAUUCCGUAUACACUAUUUCGACCGCCUCCUUGUCUGACACGUUCUCCGACGUUGACUCAACCUGCGAGAGAAGAGUAUCGUUUGCCGAAAACUUGGUGACGGACGUCUGGACUCGACCAUUUACUCCGAAAGAGGAAAUCUCUGAUCUGUAUUACUCUACCAUGGAAACCCAACGAUUUCGUCAAGAGUAUCGAUUGGUACGCAAGCUACUAAACGAGCUAUCUAUCGAUCCCGAGACUUGCCCGACGGACAACGACGGCUUAUCCGCGUUGAUAUCGACGUCUCAACCUACUGCACGUCACUCUAUCUCGCGCGUUGUUGUUUUACACAACAAUAAGCUCGAGACUUUUUUUGAACCAAAGACGGCUCCCAAAAAGGAGUUUACGGAAGACUUUUUCGACAACGACUCGUUCUGGAGUGGAUCUAUCACAUGGUACUAGCGGCCCCCUGGCAUUCCUUUCUGCUUUGCUUUUUGGCGUUGCGGAAAGCUUUCGGGGGUCGUUUUGUACGUUGUGUGAACCUUUGUAGGAUCCUGAUCACUUCAGAGCGAUGAUAUGCGAAAUGGUGGACUGUUCGGAUUGGAAAGAGUCGGAGGAACUAUCCAGGAAACAUUUUUCGACCUGCUUCUGUCCAUACAUACUUUCAUCUAUUUCGCAAGCAUACGGACGCGCACACUUUUUUGUCGCGCUGUUGUUUUUGAUACUAUAAGGCUACUGGGUUGGAUCCAGAAAUUGCUUUUCUGGGUCCGCUUUGUAUAUGUUUACGCACGUUACAACGACACACGGGUGCUUUCCACAGUUCAAGGAAAGCGGUGUAGUCAUGUAUAUUGUACCAAUUUAAUACUAGAGGGGAUGCACUAUUACAUCUUUGAA